ACAAUACCGGGAUGCAGCCCUGAGCGCUUCGACUGUUGGAACGACCGCGCAACGUCGCCAUCGACGACGACUGUCAUCGAUUCACGCGUGCCCGCCGCUGCUGCUGUUGUUCUGCUGCUGCUUGCCGCGACAACGAUCGGUAUGGCCGACCACGCGAAAUCCGUUGGCCAACGGUCCGACGAGUCGCUGGAACACAUGCUGUUCUUUUUCAACCUCAGCAUACGCAAACUCGCUUUCGUCGGCGUAUCCUUGCCGCUCAUCACUCUACUGACGUGCUUGGCCACCGCGUAUGUCUUCCAGUACGACGACGUUCACGAAACGCAUUGCCAAGUGUACAACGUGAUACCGUCAAUUAGCGCCAUCACUGGCAUCACACCCCAGACGUACAUGUGGCGAAUAGCCGUUGCUUUUCACGUUGGUCCACGUAUGGUCAUCGCCCAGGUGUACUACAACUAUUUCAUCAGUCAAAUUUCCAGAGGCGCUGACAACUGCAAAUCGACCCACUAUAUAUUUAUCAAUCUCUGUUACUGGCUCAAUAUAAUCGAAGUAGUCGCAAUUUGUGGUGUUACCUACAUAUCUAAUAGAGAAAACUAUCCUGUGCACGAGAAAAUCUUCAUUUUGUUCAUGCUCAGUUCAUUAUUGUACAUGGUCGUUAUGAUCAAGACCUUCAACAUGGUGCAUAAAACGAUGACCAAAAGUCAGCACUUGUCGUAUACCAUCAAGAAAAUACUUUUCGCCAUUUGUAUUACGUCCACGUUCACGUUAAUAUUUUUCUUCAUCAAACAUCGUUUUUACUGUCACGACUUAGCAUUUACCUGGUUCGCACUCAGCGAGUACAUCCUAGCAGUAUCAAAUAUGGCUUUUCAUUUUACUAUAACACUGGACUUCCCACAUGAACAGUUGAUUGUUGCCAAAAACUUUCCAUCAUUCAAAACCGACUGAAAAAUUCUGUGUACCGAAUCGAAGACUUAUAACACAAACAUCUUACUUCCAAACAUCUUUAUUUUAUCUAAUUUUUAAGUAUAUAUUUUACAUAUAUACCUUGAACAGUUCUUAGGUCAUAUAUAUAUUUUAA